UGCCCGGUCCCGAUAACUUCCGCUUUGGAGGGAUCAAUUUGUUUUUUUUCUCCCGCCUGCUACCAAGGCCCGCCCCUCACACCGGCGGCCUGCCCUCCCCUCCCCGCGCCUCGGUGCAUGAUGGGACUUGUAGUGUUUUCAGGCAACGCCGGCUCGUCACUGACUCAAGCUCGGCGCGCAAGGCCUGCUGGGAAAGAGGGACUUGGCGGUGGGGCUGAGGCCGCCAUUUUGAAUUGCGAACCUGCCCGGGCGCCGUUCUGCGCUCCGGCGAAGCGCAACGGACCCUUCUGAGGCAGCAGGAGCCGCCGCCGCAUCGAUGGACACGAUGGCAAGCCCAGGAAAAGAUAAUUAUAGAAUGAAAAGUUACAAGAACAAUGCACUGAAUCCUCAAGAAAUGCGCAGACGGAGAGAAGAGGAUGGAAUCCAGCUUCGGAAACAAAAAAGAGAAGAACAAUUAUUUAAACGCAGAAAUGUUUCUCUCCUGGGAAAUGAAGAGUCUAUGGUAGAAAGCCCCAUCCAGGAUCCUGAUGUCAGUUCUACUGUACCUAUUCCAGAAGAAGAAGUUAUUACAGCUGAUAUGGUGCAGAUGAUUUUCUCAGAUGAUCCUGAUCAACAGCUCACAGCAACACAAAAAUUUAGAAAACUGCUUUCUAAAGAGCCUAAUCCACCUAUAGAUGAAGUGAUACAGAAACAAGGAGUUGUGCAGAGGUUUGUGAAAUUUCUAGAGAGGAAUGAGAAUUGCACUCUCCAAUUUGAAGCAGCUUGGGCUUUGACAAAUAUAGCAUCUGGAACUUUUCUACACACCAAAGUAGUAAUUGAGACUGGUGCUGUUCCAGUUUUUAUUAAGUUGCUUAAUUCAGAACAUGAAGAUGUACAGGAGCAGGCAGUGUGGGCUCUUGGUAAUAUUGCUGGUGACAACGCAGAGUGCAGAGAUUUUGUCUUAAACAGUGGAAUACUCCCACCACUCCUGGAAUUGUUAACAAAUUCAAAUAGACUUACAACAACUAGAAAUGCAGUCUGGGCCCUCUCAAACCUCUGUAGAGGCAAGAAUCCACCUCCAGACUUUAGUAAGGUUGCUCCUUGCUUAAAUGUUUUAUCAAGACUGUUAUUUAGCAGUGACCCAGAUGUAUUAGCAGAUGCUUGUUGGGCCCUCUCUUACCUUUCAGAUGGACCCAAUGAUAAAAUCCAAGCAGUUAUUGAUUCUGGAGUCUGUCGAAGAUUGGUGGAACUUCUUAUGCACAAUGAUUACAAGGUGGUGUCUCCUGCAUUAAGAGCAGUUGGAAAUAUUGUGACUGGUGAUGAUAUUCAAACACAGGUAAUUCUAAAUUGCUCUGCAUUACCCUGUCUCCUUCAUUUGCUGAGUAGUCCUAAGGAAUCCAUUCGAAAAGAAGCAUGCUGGACUGUUUCUAAUAUUACUGCAGGAAACAGAGUUCAAAUUCAGACUGUUAUAGAUGCAAAUAUUUUUCCAAUAUUGAUUGACAUUCUUCAGAAAGCUGAAUUUCGCACCAGAAAAGAAGCAGCAUGGGCCAUCACUAAUGCAACAUCAGGAGGUACUCCUGAACAGAUAAGGUAUUUGGUAGCAUUAGGUUGUACCAAGCCUCUUUGUGACCUCCUGACUGUGAUGGAUUCCAAAAUAGUGCAGGUGGCUUUGAAUGGACUUGAAAAUAUUCUGCGUCUUGGAGAACAAGAAUCCAAACAAAAUGGAAUGGGCAUCAAUCCUUACUGUGCCCUUAUAGAGGAAGCAUAUGGACUGGAUAAAAUUGAAUUUCUUCAAAGACAUGAAAACCAAGAGAUCUACCAGAAGGCUUUCGAACUUAUAGAACAUUACUUUGGUGUGGAAGAAGAGGAUACCAGUAUUGCACCUCAGGUGGACGAGAGUCAGCAACAAUUUGUGUUUCAGCAGCAGGAAGCACCAAUGGAAGGAUUUCAGCUAUAACUAUUAAAGUGAAGACAAGGCAAAAAUAUAAACAUUUUGUAACUUUUCAGGGGUCUCCUCUUCAUGGCCAAAGUUAGAGGAGAGAUUGGAAUGUGUUUUGCAGAACACAGGUAAAGAAGCAGCCCGUGCACAGUUUGUCUAACAGAAAAGUAUAACUUCAUUCAGUGUUUUUGGUUUUGGGUUUUUUUGUAUUUGUGUGUACUUCAUAUGUUCAGAAACUAACUCUGUGAGUAAUCAAGUCUAAUAUAAAGGCUUAUGUGAUUUUAACAAGAAUGGUUAAGCUUGAAUAAUAACUUCAGUAGGAUUUUAGGUAGUGGUUCUGAAUUUUUCAUGCAAUUUCUGCAACUGCAGUAAAGCUGUUGGCAAUUGCAUUUUGGCAGUAAACUUGACAUGCCCAAUCUAUAUUAAAUCUACCUCUAUAUUGAAGCAAAAAAGUUGCUUCAGAAAUAAAGCAUGAAAUAAAGAUGAGCUUGUCAAAAGCUAAAUUUAGAAUGUGAAAAAUAUUUAUUUAAAUUGUGAAAUGUAAUUUUAUGCAUUAUACUUUGCAUAGAGCAUAAACCAGUGAAAUAUAUUUAUAAUACAUUUAAAAGCAUAAUGCAGAUUUUUGUUUAAGUAUAUACUGUUUAAAUACCAGAUGUAGCUUUGAAUAUGUGACAAAAAAAACUGUUCUGCAUUAUGUGGUUUUCAAGUUGUAAUCGCCAGAGAGUUGGCUAGUCAUGUGAUGCUGGCUCCUUAUUUCAAGCUGCUGAACAGCAUUAAAGAUAAGCUACAAAUAAAAUACUUUGCUGUGUAAGCAAUUGCUGAAGUUGCCACAGGGAUGUUGUGAUUAUAAAUGAGAAAGGAGGGAAUUUGCGCAGUUGUAAAUGAUAGGGAAGAUGGUUUAUGUGACUAUCUCCAUAUUAAAAUGUAGUAACAAUAUAAAAGUUCGAUAAAUCUUGCAAUAUUUGCCUUUCUUGAAACAUUUACUUAUUUAAACAAAGUUUAGAAUGUAUGUAUGUAUUGUAUUUUUAACCAAAUACGCUACUGCCUUUUGAAUUAUUUUUUUUUAAGUCAGAUGUCUCCAUUUUCUUUAUUUUCGGCAAGGCUGUAGAAAUGUGCCCAGUUAUAAUCCAAAUGUGCUGCUACUAGGGGGAAAACAAUCUCUCUUUUCCAUUUGAUUGAAGGGAAAAGGUUUGCUUUGUUGUAAAUAUUAAGUAUAUGAACACCAAAAUGAAUCUGAAGAUGUCUGCUAAAUAUUUAAUUUCUAAAACAUGUAAUGUUUGUUUGCUACUACCCGCUAAAAGAAAUAUAUCUAAGAAUUUGAAACAAUUCUUCUGUAUGCUUUGAAAAUCUACAUUAGAUUUAUUUUGUAUAUUCAAAAUGUCUAUACCACACUGCUUGAUCUCACUUACCAGUAGCUAGUCUGAAUUUGGAUUAAUGAAAAUGUAUAAUUGUGGUUAAAUAUAUUAGUUAAAUACUGUGUUGAAAUAAUAGUGAAAGCUUCUUUGAGCUAUGAAACUAUUUGAACCAUGUACAAUAGUUGAAAUUUCAACAGUUAAAAUCACUCUUCCCAUGGUAGUGUGCUUGUCACUAAACAAAAUGUUCAUACACUGAGAAAUCCAAAUUAGCGCAUGGUAUCAUUUAUUAUAUACUGUGUUCUGGAUUUAAACUUGUUUAUAAAAUGUACAAAUACUGUUUUCAGUUAAAAUUCAUAAUGUGUUUUACUCUGAGACUGUUAAAGCACUAUAUAUUGUGUAGUAGUUUCAAGGUGGAAAUUGAAACAGAUUUUAUAAGAUUAAUAGUCAUUUGUGACUGUUAAUAUGUUUAAGUAGCAAGAUGCAAUUCAAAAAAUUCAUCCUCAUUAGAAAUUUUUCUCCUGGAAAUAAAAGGUAUGUUAUGAGGAAAGGAGUGAAUAUAGGUGUGUGGUUACUUUGCAGAUUCUGUAUAAUGAAAGAUUUAGCAAACACUUUAAACCUAGAUUUGUAUAGAAUACAGCAGGUUUGAAUACUGUGCACAAUGCUGAGCCAAAUUUUUCAUAUGUUUGAGAAUUGUAUUUGUGCCCUUUUUUAUGAUAGAGACUUUACUGGCAUUUUUUGCAUCGUCUCUUUAGAGUUCAGGGUAAUGAUAUUGGAAAUCUACAGGAUUACCAGUUAAAUUAUGAUGAUUUCAGUGUUCUUUUAGUGCAAGAAUAAUCAUAAGUAUUCAGGUAACAGGGUAUUCCACUGUUUCUUGCAAACAUUGUUUUGAUAUUACAUAAGCCAGCUGUGCCUGCUUUUAUUUUGAGGACCCUGUAGACACUGCAUUUAUAAGCCUCUUCAGUUAAGCCAAAUCUAAACUUAAAAAAAAACAAAAAACCUAAUUAAGACUUGUAAAUGGGGGGCGGGGGGGGGGACUUCAAGUAUUAUACUUAUUUGAGAGGAUUACUUUGAGGAUAUAUUAUUGUGUAGGUCUGAAUGGUUAAAGUGACUGCACUUUAUGUAUGUAAAUACAAAUUCAUGCCUAUGGUAUAUUCAAAGUAGUGCUUUUAGUGUAAAUAGGAACUAAAAUUGAUGGACUUUGGUUACUGAAAGGGACACUAGUUAUUUAAUCUCAAUAUUUGGUUAAUCCUAAAAGUGUUAAAUCUGGCAUUAUCCUAUCAUGUUGCUGUGUGUGUGUGUGUGUGUAUACCUAAAAUCCACCAGUCUCACUGGGAACACUGUUUUUUUUUUAAAUAGAUAUUGUUAAUGAAUGAUCAUGGAAUAAGAAUGUUUUCACAAGUUAACAAAACCUGUUGUCAGAACUGACACUGAUGGCAUCAGUGAUGCUUAGGAAAACAAUGACACUGACAGAAAAAAAUCAGCUCUGCUCUGUGGAAAGCAUUUAGGAGUGGGGGAUUGAGCAGGGACUGUUUUUUCUAAAUAGAUUUUUUUUCCAUACUGGUUUUAUCCAAAAGGCUAUUACAAGUUGUGGGGGGUUUGUUUAAAUAAUAGACAAAGUACUAAAGUGUCCCUUAGUUAUGCAGCUGGUUCCAAAAAAAAAGUGUUUUUCAAAAUAGCGUACCAGUUGUUCUGUUUGAAUUUGAAUUCUGACGAGUUAAUCUAUGCAAAUAUGCCACAUCUGUUUUAGUUUCAUAAACUGUUUGACACUAAAUCAUAACUAAUUUUCUACUGAAUUUUUAUCAUAGCACUUUUUGUCUUUGAGAACUUAGUUCAUACUGCUGUUUAAUUUUGUAGUAUUUUCUUUAAACACUAUUGCUAGCAGCAAUCAGAAGAGGAAAACAAAAAAUAGUAAUGUUGGUGCAGAAAUAACUUUACUGUAGAACAAGUUUGGAAAAUGAUCUCUACUGGGUCUAUGUGUAAAAGAUGCACUAUCCUUUUUCCUCCAUGGUCAGUUACCUCAGUUGGGUUUUUGUCUUACAAAAAUUAAAUCAUAAGAUUGAAGUGAGACUUUAAAAAAAAAAAUUCAAAUUGAUAUGCAGGGUAAAAUGCCUGCUGCUUAGCAUGAAACCAGUGCAAAGGUUAAUUGAAAUCUUAAAUGAGAAAUUUUUCAUUCUCACUCAUGCUGUUAUAGUUUUAUGUAAUGUAUCAAUCUAAAAUGCCUAUAUUGACUUUAAGUAGAGUGAUCGUGCAUCUUUUAAUCCAGACUGGAGGCCCGUUGUUGUAUAUCUUUACAAACCAACACGUGAAAAGUAUGCAAUAUUAUGGAAUGUUUCAAUUCAGAAUACUAUACAAAAACUAAUAAAAGCUAUUUUACAGUG